AUGGACGUCUUGCACCGCGGCGCUGGCCCGACCGAGCCGCAACUCAGUGCCCAGCACAAUAGCCCCACAGCAUUUGCUUGCAAUGUCCAUGGUGCUCGCCACGAUGUCUUCAUUGCCUCUGGAUGUGGGACCGACGCUUCGUCCGCAAAGGAAAUCGAACGCUUGCUUAUUUCUACGGCCUCUCGUCGCUUCAGUCGUCAGCCCCUGACCUUCCUCACCCCUGAGUGUGUUUCUAUCCAUGAAUCUCAACCAAACGCCUGGAUCGACGCCCUGUCCAGAUGCCAGUGCAUCGUCAUUCUUCUCAGUUUGGAGGCCAUUACGAUCAUGAAGGAGAAGGCCGUAAUCGGUACUGACGACAAAUUCCUCCAUCUCAUCAAGACUGUCACUGACCUCAAGAGCGAAAACAAAGAGCUGUCGCUCAUUCUCCUGACCGUUGACUGUGUCAAUUUCGAUAUCAGUCAACCAGCACAUACAGAGCUGAAGCUCCAACCCCUUCUGGAUGCCACCAACCCUUUGCACGACCAGCUCGGGGCUGUCUUUCAUGCCCUCGGCCAAGUCGAAAGACUCAGAUACCGCCGCGAUCGACCCCACCGUGCUAUCUACUUCAUCUCCAAGAUCUUUGGCUGUAUCAAUCCGGAUCCAGAAACCAGCCGAAGCCUCUAUCUAGAACAUUGCAGCGACUGCUCUCUCCGGGUCGAGAUAUCCAACCUCGAUGAGCUCUUGAAGCGAAUCACCCGGACCGGCCGCGCAAUCGUUUCUGGCAAUAGUGGCAUGGGGAAGACGGUUUUGGUUCGACAAUUCCUGCACCUCCUGAUGGGCACACUCCUCACCCACAACCGCUCCGAACUUUAUGACUUCAAACAGUCAACGGGCUGCACGAGCCCGCAAUACUCCCGACUCUUCUGGAUCCGCUGUGCGACCGAAUGGACGGCCCUCGAUUCCCUGGUCGCCAUAUUCCCAAAAGUGGACCCGAAAACGGUCAAGGAAUACGCCUCCCGCUUCUUUGCUGAAAACAAGUCCUAUCUCCUCAUCCUCGACGACGUCAACGAUAUGUCUGUGCUGGAUUCGCUCUUUCAGGGAGCGGCCGUUGCUGGUUUCGGUGGUGAUGUCGUUGCAACGACCGAGCGAACGGCCGAAAGUGAUGACUCCUUCCUGACGGAUCUGGGCAACAAGCUCAGUGAUACUCGGCAGACCAUCAUCCCCCUCCAGCCUUGGUCUCUGUGGGCGUCGCUGCAGUAUGUGUUUAACCUCACCUACUUGGCGGAAAUCAUGUACAAAACACAAGGCUGGCGACCCCCCGCGAUGCGCAUCGUUGAGUACAUCAACGGCCACCCUCUUGCUGCCCAGGUUCUUCCACUUGUGUGGAACUAUCAUGGAUUUUCGAUUGAGGAGCUCGAGGCAGACUUUGCCAAGACCCUGGCGGAGCAUGAUCCGCAGGACCCGAUUCCUUCGUCGCUCAAGACCAUCGUCAACAUGUCCAUGGCCGCCUUCAUGAAGAAAGGCGACGAAGGUGUUGCAGCCUGUCGCCUAUUUGGAGCUCUUUGCUUGGUCGGUCCUGAUGCGAUUCCCUCUCUUUUGACCGAGGAAAUCAUAAAGACAGUGGACAUAUCGUCCGAUGGAUCGAGUCUGAUCCAAGUCAUCUCUUCCAAUGGACUGUUGAAACUUACAAUGAGCAACCAUUGCUUCAUCCAUGAUGCUAUCGGAGCUCUCGUGUGGCGCUUCAUCGACGAACAUCCAGAAAUCGAUGGUGAAGCAAUCAGGGGUGCCACCGGUCGCGCCCUCCUCUCCCUCUCCAAUGCGGCGAUUGCACUGGGGAACGAAACCAAAGACCCCUCCGCCUCCUGCCCUUACGAUCCUCCCCAUGUUUCGCCCCUAGUGGAUUACAGAGGGACCGUCUGGAGCAAGCAGCUGGAUUUCUUUGCCGAGAGCGACCAUGGAGACGCCUACGGACAGGUUUUGCAUUAUCAGAUCGAGCUCAGCGCGGCCCAGCUGGCUCAGGCGAGGAUGCAGUUCUCCAAAGCCAUUUACUUUUAUCAGGCGUCGCUCAAGCGUGCUCUUCGCACCCAUGGCACAAAAGAACACAUCGAUAUUGCUACGAUAUACCACUCGCUUGGAGAUAUUGCAAGAUUCGAGGGGCGCAUUGCCUCCGCCCAAGAAUAUUACAUCGAAGCUUGCGCAAUAGCAGAAAGAGUCCAUCAAACCCGCAGAGACCCGUCUAUUGCCCUCAUGUUGCAUCGCCUCGGAGCAAUCGCUGCCUCCCAAGAUCGCCUGGAUGAUGCCUUGCCACUCCUUCAAGAAUCUCUUGAUCUCACUACCGAACUGCUUGGAACCCGAAGAGAUCAGAGCGUCGCACACUUGCUUGCCCACAUCGGCAACAUCAACUUUUCGCAAGGACAAUACAGCGAUGCCUUCCGCCACCUCCGAGAGGCGCGGGAUAUCGCCGUCGAGUUUGACCCUGUAGGACGCACGGCCGAGGUUCGAGAGAUUGUCAAGAUGCUUGCAAGCGCCGCAGACCGUUUGGAUUGGGUCGAUGAAGCUUGCAAGCACCAUCUCGAGCUCUUGAACAUGUUCACAAUCAUUCAUCACACAUACGAUCACCCUGAUUGUGCUGACACUCUUGAAGACGUCUCCAGGACGUUCGACCGUAAGGGAGACUUGCAUCAGGCCAUCGAUAAGCUUGAAAUGGCCUUGCGAGUCCGUCUGAAGAUUCAUGUCGGAACGGACGAUCCUGCGGUCGUCAAGACCCAGAGAAAGCUCGACGAGCUGAAGAAGCGCGAACGAGACGCCAAGUUCGCUCAGCAGCGCGAUCUUUACUAUCGUGUGUAUUCCGAUGCCGUGAAGGCCUGCGAUGCUGGCAAUCACGGGGCUGCAGUCGUAAAUUUCGGCUUUUCGCUCGAACAGUGCCAGAACGCACAUGGCUCCGCGAAGCACCUCGAUGCUGGGCAAAUGUCAUACAUGAUGGCUUUGGCAAUGCUCGAUCUUGGUCAGUCAGAAAAGUCGCUGACACAUUUCCAAGAUGCAAUCGACACUCUGGAAGAGGUGUGUGGAACUCGUGAAAGACAAGACAUUGCCAUCAUAUACGGAUUCAUGGGUACAGCGGCGGCAAGCCUGUCGCUUCGCAAAGACGUGAUGCGAUACUUCAGCGAGGCCCUCGAGAUGUUCAUUCGGUCCCCUCCCGGAAGCGACUGUUUCUUUAGCUCGAGCGCUCUCAUCAAGUCCGGCGACCUGUAUGGAAGCGUGAUCCGCACUGUGUCGCCCGAUCCAUCCCCCGAUGCUGUCGACGUCGGGAUGCAUAUUCACCCCAAGAAGGAGCCAUUGAGUGUUGCAUCCUCUCUGGCCGGAAUGGCGUCGGUAGCGGCCCUCAAGGGAAAGUUCCAAAUUGCAUAUGAUCUUUCCAAACAAGUGCUCUCUAUCCUCAUCACGGCGCAAGCUCCUGCCCUGCUGAUUGCGAGAGCACAUCACAAUAUGGGAAUCGUGCUGCGAUGCCUUGACCACAGAGGCGAUGCAUGGGAGCAACUGCAGCAAGCUCGGGAUAUCUAUGUUGGCCUGCAUGGCACAAGCGAUCAUCGGGAUAUUGCUCAGGUUCUGCACGAAUUCGGCUGGCUUUUCCACGUCGCUGGCGAUUUCGAUCGGGCUCUAUCGAGCCACCAAGAAGCCCUCGCCAUCAUUGACAGAACCAUGGCAAGUCAGGCAGGUGAAGAUGCUGCCGAUUUUCUGCGUGGGUGUGGCGAAAGCUCUCUCAAACUCGGACACCUCGACGAAGCCGCAGCAUACCUGAACGAAUCCCACGAGACUUUCACCGGCCUCUCGGACCUGAAGCUGAGUCUCGGGGGCUCAUACACGCUCUGCGCCCUCGGUGACCUGAAGCGCACGCAGGGUCAGAUCGAUGAUGCUACACGAUUGUAUGCGAACUCGAUGGCCCAGGCUCAGGGGCUGAUUGAAUCCCGCACGCAUCCCCUCAUCGCAAGAUGCUUGAGUGGGCUCGCCGAGAUCGAUAUCUCAAGCCUCCGCUAUCGCAAAGCACAAGGGCAUCUCGAGGAAGCCGUGUCUAUAUUGUGUGCCUCAGUUCCUAAUCAUCCCGACACAGAGUCAGCCAAGUCACAGCUCGAGGAAAUCCAGGUGGAGCUGGGCCGAAGCGAGACGGUCUCGUCUCUCGAUGGAGGAGCCGACGAAGCCGGUGGCUCAAAGGCCGAUAACGAGCCACCACAUGUCCAUGUCGUGGGCAGCAACAAAUCUCUGCAGACGGACCAGGAAUCCGCCGAAGGGGGGCUUUAA